UUCAGACUGACCCCAGCAGCUGUAAGGAGAGAGAGAACACAUGGCACUGGCUAUUUUAAGAGUUCAUUCAACCAACUCAUUCAAACAUAUCUUUCCCUGGACGUGGUCGUUCCUUCUGGAUCUCUCCUCAGCUGAAAGUUCUGGACAAGCUUGUCAGGGGCCGGGCAAGUUUAUAAGUAGCCGAGACGAGUCAACCAGAAUAUCAAACAAGCCAACAUGGCUCUACUGUGUUACAACAGAGGCUGCGGGGAUCGAUUUGAUGCUGACAAAAACUCAGAUGAUGCCUGUCAGUUUCACCCCGGAGUGCCAAUCUUCCACGAUGCCUUAAAGGGCUGGUCCUGCUGUAGAAAGAAGACGACAGAUUUCUCCGAGUUCCUGUCAAUCAAGGGUUGCACCCGCGGGCGUCACAGUAACGAGAAGCCUCUGGAGCCUCUGCGGCCGGAGGUGACGUCUGAGAAGGGAGACGUGAAGCAGCGCAGUGGAGAAGAGAUUAUCUACCAGGGACCCAAAUCUGCUGAAGCCCUGGAAAAAGAGAGACCCAGUUCAGAAGAGCCCAAGGUAAAGCUGCAGGUGAAGGUCUCUCCCUCUCUGGCUCAGAUCCUGGAGAAAAUGGAGAUCACUGAAAGGGAGAAGAGAGAGAAGCUAGAGUGCCAAAUCGUCAUGGUUGGUGUUAGGUGCAAAAACGCAGGAUGCAAAACAACUUACCAGGGUCCAGAGACUGACACAGAGAUCUGCUCACAUCAUCCCGGGGCCCCUGUCUUCCACGAAGGAUACAAAUACUGGAACUGCUGCUGCAUAAAAACCACGGACUUCAACGCCUUCCUGGAUCAGAAGGGCUGCACAGCAGGAAAACACUGCUGGAUCCCCAAAAAUGACAAAAAGAAAGUGGCUUGCCGGCACGAUUGGCACCAAACAGGAAACCAGGUCGUGGUCACAAUCUACGCCAAGAACUCCAGUCCAGAGCAUUCCUAUGUGGAGGCAAACCGCACAGUGUUAACAUGCCACAUUCAGUUUGAGGGCGACAAAGUGUUUCACAAGGACAUCCACUUAUGGGGGGUGAUCGACGAGAAGAGCAGUUCUGUGAACAUGGUGCCCUCUAAAGUGGAGGUGACCAUGCAGAAGGCUCAUGCUGUAGCCUGGGGGAAACUUGAGAACCCCAAACACAAACCAGAGCCAGAGGUCACCGAUGAAAUGAACAACACAGAACAGGAAAACGUCAAACCCGACUGGUACAUCUCAGAUGAUGACAUCAGUGAGUCUGACUGGGAAGAUGAUGAUGAUGAGGACAAGAAAGAGAGUGAGGAGAAAAACGAACAACAGGAAGAUGGACCCCCUGAGCUAGAAGAACCUGCUGAUGUCCCUCCAGUAAAAUGAACAUUUAUUCUGCGGUGCAAUGGUAAUGUAUUUCUGAAGUUAUGCAUUUGUUUACACAACACUUGAUAGAUUUAUACAAAUGUGGGGCUGCCUCUUUCAUGCAUAUAUAUAUAUAUAUAU